UCGACGAAGGGAAGUGGAUCCCGGCGGCAGAGGCGGAGGCGUCCCCUGGUCCCGGCGGCGGCGGCGCGUGGUUGAGCUUGAGCUUGAGCCUGAGCCUGAGCCUGAGCCGAGACACACCCAGUGUAUUAUUGCAGGGGAUCAGAUCGACCAGGAGCUGAGAAUAACCAAUGUCGAUACCACCAGACGUGCCAUCUAGAGGUGGUGCUGCGUGCCUGCGUCAGAAUAUGACUGAAGAUGAUGAGGAUUACGCCCAGUGGAUGGUGGAUUCUGUCCAUGAGACCAAUAUCAGGCCCUCGGACUCGAACAGUACUACGAUCUUGCGUGACAUCGAGUACAGAAGUAGCGAUGGAUGUAUGGAUAUCUCGAACCCUGUGUACCGGUUUGAUCUAACCUCAUACGAAUCGGUCUUCCGUGAUGGAUUUAAAGGGAGGUUUGAAAUGAACACUCCGAACAGCAUAUACUGCAACUUGGAACUUUACCUGAACCAUGGGGUAAUGCCUACUACUAUCACCCGAAGACCGGACAAUUACAUCUUUUUUAGCACUACCCUGAGCAGGUCCUGGUUUCCCAACGUGAGGCAAGCCCGCAUAUAUCGCUAUGAGAUAUAUGCCCCUGGGGGUAUCUGGCUUGCUCAAACAUUUCGUGAGCGCGAGACAAGCCCGCUAUAUGAAGAUGAGGUAGCCUUUCUUGUCGGCAUUGCUCCACAAUAUAUUCGAUCUGCGCAGGCUUUCCGGCUCAUACCCGGCAGGAAUGGAGGGCUUGGCGAACGAUUGGAAGAUGUUCUAUACAUAAACAGAAACUUCAAUCCUCAGUCACAUCCACCAAGGGAUAUUCCUAUCAUGCAUCCGAUUAUGGAGUACAUUGAUCAUAACAACCAGACAAGGCCUCUAAGAAUUCAAUAUGUGCCCGAAGAGAUAGAGAGUAUGUGGCCAUAUAGGCGAUCGCUGGGAACUACAAAUGAUGUUCCAAUCGAGUAUUAUGCAGAGGGCGUGGCUCACAUCGCUAGCUAUAUCGACUCUGCAUUUCGAUCUACAUAUUGGAAUGAAGUCUUUAUCUUCAUCAAGGAAAAGUAUGUUCUCGUGAACUACGCGCCUGGAUCAACUAAUGAUAGGAUGCUCGAUGGCCCACACUACAUAGGCGAUAGCUUCCCCUUUCUUGCAGGGACUGCUUUUGCCGAGUACGGGAUAGACGCUUCAUUCGGCUCUCAUAGCAGUGCUGAAGCAAUCAUCUUUUCUGGGAACCUUUGCGCACGGAUAAACUUCGCACCAAAGACCACUGGUGGUUACGUUGUAGAGGGGAUCACAACCAUUAGACAGAUGUUCCCUUUCUUCAGAGGGACCGUCUUCGAGAAGGGGAUAGAUGCCGCUUUUGAAUCCACCGUGACCGGUGAAGCAUAUCUAUUCAAAGGCUCAAAUUAUGCUCUUAUCAACUACUAUAAGAAAGAACUCAUCGCUAUAACUCCCAUAGCAGUUGGGUUUCAGUGUCUGCACGACUCUGAGUUUGAAGGAGAUAUCAGUGCUGCCUUUGCCUCGCAUGUACGCAAGGAGGCUUACCUGUUCAAAGGUAACAGGUAUAUCCUCCUUCACUUUACCCCUGGAGAGAACAAGGACUACACCGUUGACGGCCCGAAGGACAUCGUCCCUGGAAACUGGCCCUCGCUCGAUGGCGUCCUGCCUUGUAGAAACAUAGGGCUCGAUGUUAUUGGGUUUCCCCAUGGUAACCCUUUGCCUGACGCAUCUCCCCAUGGCAAUCCUAUGCUGGAGGCGUCUCCCCAUGGUAACCUUAUGCCGGUCGAGGAUGUCCCAGAUGAGUCUGUAAUGAGAUCUAUACAUGGAUGUGUGUCUUUUCUUUUCCCCCACUUGUUUAAGUAACUCUGGAUAUUGUGCAAAUUCAGGGUGUUUUUUUGCUUCUAUUAAUGUGUGUGUGAGCUGUUUUCUGUUUGCUGGUAUCCCCAGCUUACUGUAAUACAAUUAUCAGACGGUCUGG